GUUGCAAGUGGCGACAUCAUGAAAAUUGUUCCCAAGGAGUUGCAGCAGGUUGUCAAUGGCGAUAUCAAAAAGCUUCUGCCCAGCCAGUUGCAGCAGGUUGUGGACGGUGACAUUAAGGAGCUCUUGCCCAAGCAGCUGCAGCAGGUUGCUAGCGGCGACAUCAUGAACCUUGUGCCCAAGGAGCUGCAACAAGUUGUCAGCGGCGAUAUUAAUAAGCUUCUGCCCAGCCAAUUGCAGCAUGUGGCCAGUGGCAAUGUCAACAAGAUCUUGCCCAAGGAGUUGCAGCAGGUCGUCAAGGGGGACAUCAUAGGUCUUCUGGAUGUGAACAACCCGGUUAGGAGGGUGGCCGAUGGAAAGCUCACGGGACUCCUCCCCGGGCCUCUGCAGCUUCUUGGAGGUGGCAAUGCUAACUCCGUGGAGACUUUGCUUACCAUGGGAAAUGAGCUCAUGAAGUGCUCCAAGCGGACUUCACAAAAUGCUUU